AAAUUUUACUACUAAUACAUUUGAAUACAAAUUUUGUAGACGAAGUCAUACUUAUAUCAUUCUUAAUAUUUAAAAUUUGCGAUAAACACAUAUACAAUAAAGGAAGUCGUUUGUACUUAGGGAGAAUUUUACUGAUAAAGCUUAUAUUUAUGCCUAUACCAUCUUAUGAGGAUUAUAAGGCGGAAAUAUGAUCAAGACUGGGAGUUCCUCCUACGAUUUGACAGAAGUGUCGCUGCAUGAUGAGCACGAGUCCCCGGUCGUGCAUGCGAAAGACGUCCGCCGACUCAAGUUCCGGUUCUACGCCGCUCUUGGUGUGGCCGGCGUCAUCAUUCUGGGUCUUAUUAUUGGAGUCGCGGUCAAGGGCAAUGGAAAAGGUGGCGGCGGAGGAGGGGGAACCACUGUGACGCCAUCAACUACUAAUAUGACGUCAAACCCGACGUCAAAGCCUACGUCUUCGAAAACCGCCAACCUAGGGAACCUUUCAGUCACUUGGGGCUCUGGCGUUAGUUUUAACAUUGCAGACAAAGGUCAAUGGUCCCACAAGAACGCUAAUAAAAGCACACCGUUGCUAUCUCCAACUAAUUGUUCUUCUACCAUUGCUGUAAUCUGUCUGGAAUGGGCCGAUGAUCGUCGAUUGAAAGUAUCCCGGAAGAAUGACAUCACUAACGAACAAAAUGCACCGCUCUCCUGUUAUGACGUCGAGUGGACGGCUCUGAAAUGCGUCGGUCAAGUAUUAACCGACUGUUUCAACACAAGUGGUGCCCAUUGGUACGGCGGAUAUGAAGACCAUGAUCAGCAUUGGCCAUUUGAGAAGAACUCUAUGAAAGAAACAUCCUAUACAGGGAACGACCCAUUUCAUCCUGGCGUCAUUGGUAACAUUCUGGAGCGAUAUUUUGUCUCCUCAAAAGGGGUUGGCGUGUACGUAGAUAAUGACGUCCCAUUAUAUUUUAGCCUGAACUCGCCCCAAAAUGGUUUGAUGUGUUUCUCGGCAAAGUAUGAACCAUAUCCAUACUUCAAUGAGGACAAUAUAUUCCCAAGGCUAAAAUACACGGUGUGCAGUGGGGAAAAUGUCAAAGACACGCAUGUAGGAAUGUCGAACAUGUUCAUCCCAAAGCCAACUGGCAUACCAAACCAGUCGGUGAUCAAGUACCCUAUAUGGUCAACAUGGGCCCAAUACCACUAUGGUGUCAACCAAUCAAAUGUCCUAAGUUACGCACACGCUAUAAAGGAACACAAUUUUACUUGCUCUCAAGUUGAAAUUGAUGAUGUAUGGACGCCAUUUUACGGCGAUUACGACUUCGAUACAAAAUUUCACAAUGCUAGUGAUAUGAUACAAAAGAUUCACGAUAUCGAAUUCAACGUUUCCGUCUGGGUUCAUCCUUUCUUUGAUCCAAGAGGUGAAUCUUACAAAGAAGCAGAACAAAAACAUUACCUUUUGAGGCGAUUUGAUUCAGACUUCCCGGAAGUGACGUCAUGGUGGAACGGAAACGAUUCUGGCAUACUUGACGUCACGAACACAAAUGCAACAAAGUGGUAUCUCGAUAAAAUGGAAUAUUUGAAGGGACAUUACAAAGUUGAUUCCUUCAAAUUCGAUGCUGGGUCGUUAUCCUUCGCUCCGCAUUUGUACAGCGCUUACAAUUUAACAAAUAAUCCCUGUGAUAUAUAUCCUGGAUUGUACGUCAAAAUGGCGGCGCAAUCUGACCAUCAAAACCGUCAAGAGGUACGCAGUGGGUACCGGUCACAGCAGUAUCCUAUUUUCUUCCGGCAAAUAGACAAAAGAUCAAACUGGAGUCACAAAAACGCUUUCCAGUCUAUUAUUCCAAGCGCUCUGACGAUUGGAAUUCUCGGUUACCCGUAUGUAAUGGCGGACAUGGUUGGCGGGAAUGCAUACGAAGGGUCUUUUCCCGAUACGGAACUCUUUAUUCGAUGGACUCAGUUGAAUACUUUUCUACCCGUUGUUCAGAUGUCAAUUGGACCGUGGGAUUUGCAAAACGAUACAUACGAAGGACACAGCGUGGUUGAUAUUGUCAGGAGAUUCAUAGAACUCCACUCUGAAGUUGCAGACGACAUCAUAGCGUUCGCCGAAGAAUCGGUUCAAACCGGUGCACCCAUAAUUCGACCUCUUUGGUGGAUUGACCCAGAUAACGAAACGGCCUUGACCUGUGAAGACGAGUUUUUGGUCGGCGACAAAUGGCUUGUUGCUCCCAUAAUGACCCAAGGUGCCCGGAAAAGGGAUAUUUUCUUUCCCAGUGGGGAGUGGACGGAAGUUGGCACUGGGAAUGGAACUAUCUAUACUGGACCUUCAGUUUGGUACAAUUACAUCGUGGAAAUUGACCAACUUGCGUAUUUCCGAAAAACGAUUCAUAAUUCAACGACCAAUGCUACUUUAUUCUAA